AAUUGGGUUUCUCUCCUUAUCCUCUCACUACAAAAACCCAAGUGAAGUGUAGUUAACGGAACUUUCUUUCUUUCUUUCUCUCUCUUCCCCCCCACUCCGUGCGGUGUGGUGAAUGGUGAGUGGUGACCUGUGCCGAUGCGUGAUGCCCUAAAGGACAAGAAACAACGACUCAUGGCAGCAGGUGCUCAUCUAAAAACCCAGAUCCAACCUACCAAAUCCAAACGACGCAAGCGUCGCGAAACCACCAUCUCCGCCGCCGCCCCCAACUCCCCGGAGCAUUCCUCCUCAUCCUCCGCCGGAGAUCUCCUCCAACUCCGUAAACGUGACCCUCCCACCGUAGUCGCCCCUGACACCUCUUGGUGCUGUUCUGCUUCCAAACAUAACCCCUCUUCUUCUGUUCUUCAUCCACCCCCAACUCAUUGUCAACAACAGCAGCGCCGUACGAUUCCCACCAUCUCUGCUACUACUCCCACACUUCCUCCUCCAGAUCAGCUAUUAGCACCGUUUCCUGUGACCAUUACCGUUAACUCGUCGUCCUCAACCUCGCAAUCGCUGUCGGAGUCAUCAUCAGCAGCUUUCAAGCUUGGCUUUUCUCCUUGUACUGGUUCUCCGGUUAUGAUGGAUUCCUCCAUUGCCUCCGGCGUUUGUGUCAAUGGAGGUAGUAAUUUCGGUUCUUUCCCUUCCAGUUACAGUAAAUUCAAUUCCGCCCUCAACGCCGGCCUCUUAAACCCCAUGUCGCCUCCUCCGCCACCACUCGAUAAGACCCGAUCGAGUCCGACGCUCUUUGAAAUGAUGGCCAACGAGCCCGAUUGUCACCCCAGAAACUCCACUCCAGCGAUUCAUGCCCCUGUGCUUCUCGGGAAACCCCAAAUCACUGUUCAGGAUAGGCAGAUACUACUGCAGCAGCGAGCAGGGGAGAUUUUGGGCAGUUGCAGCCCUGGGAACCAGUUUAAUGAUCCCACCUCCAGCGAUAUUAAGUUGACGCUGAGCUCCAAGGAUGGAUUAACCGUCUCCAUGAAUGUACAUCGCCAUAUCCUUGUCGUCCAUAGUAGGUUCUUCGCUGCGAAGCUGUCGGAUCGGUGGUCUAAGCAGCAGCGAUCACUGCCCCACAUUAUUGAAAUCUCAGAUUGCGAAGAUAUCGAAAUCUACAUGGAGACAUUGGGUUUGAUGUACUGUAAGGAUGUUCGGAAGAAGCUCAUGAAGGAAGACGUCUCCAAAGUUCUCGGCAUCUUGAAGGUUUCGGCUGCGAUUUUGUUCGAUGCUGGAAUCGUGUCUUGUUUGGAGUACCUAGAAGCAGCUCCAUGGGCGGAAGACGAAGAGGAGAAGGUGGCGUCGCUCUUGUCGCAGCUCCAUCUUGAGGGGGCUGGAGCAGGGGAAGUACUGAAAAGAGUGUCAGUGGAAGCGGCGACGGGGGCAAAAGACGGGAACAAUAACAACGAAGAGGUGCUUCUAAGGCUCUUGCAGGCAGUUCUGGAAGGCAAAGAUGAGAAGGCUAGGAAGGAGAUGAAAGGCUUGGUGUCCAAAAUGCUUCGAGAGAAUUCAUCCCAGAACGACCUCAGCAAGGAGUCCCUGUACUCUGCUUCCGAUGGAUGUCUGCAACUCCUUCGCAAGCAUUUCCUCAAGGCAGCGUCAUCAGACCUAAAUGACGCAGGUCAGAUUGCACGGCAAGCCGACAACCUGCACUGGAUUCUGGACAUCCUGAUCGAUCGGCAGAUUGCGGAGGAUUUCUUGAAGACGUGGGCGUCUCAGGGGGAUCUGUCAGAGGCGCACCGCAGGGUUCCUGCCGUUCACCGGUACGAGGUGAGUAGGGUCACUGCCAGGUUCUUUGUUGGGAUUGGAAAGGGACAGCUGUUGGCUUCAAAGGAGGUGAGAUGCUUGUUCUUGCAGACAUGGCUGGAACCGUUUUACGAAGAUUUCGGUUGGAUGAGGAGAGCUUCCAAGGGCCUCGACCGUCACCUGAUCGAAGAUGGCCUCAGCAACACCAUCCUCACCCUGCCUUUGCCCUGGCAACAGGAGAUUCUGUUGGCUUGGUUCAAUCGAUUCCUCAACUCCGGUGAGAAUUGCCCCAACAUCCAGAGAGGGUUUGAGGUGUGGUGGAGGAGGGCUUUCUGGAAACGAAAUGGCGGCCCUGAACGGCCUCCACAAAUUCGAAUCGCCGCUGCCUCUUCCGACCACUGAAAAGGGAUUUAAAAAACGAAUACGACCCCAACAGCCUUUCCUUUCUUCUAUCACUCUUCACCUUCCAUCAUUUUUCUGUUUUGAAUUCUUCCUAAACUGGGUCUGAAGGUUUUUCCCAGAUUUUUUGAUUAGGCAGAGCCGCAGAGGGCACACAUCCAUAACUCGUAGCAAAUUCGAAUUUGGGAAUAAUUUUGAAG